GUCGUUUUCGUUUUUGUUCAGUUCCAACCCAGUUUUGCACCAGUUUCAACCUAACUGCUGUCAAAACGUUUUUUUAUUCGCACGGGUUGAACCUAGUUCCACACUAGUUUCAACUCCAAAGUUGAUAGGUUCGCACUGUAAUUUUUCACGGUUUACUGGUUGGAUUCACCAAUACAACUGCAUCUGAGCUGUCAAACUGUGCGUUGUUGGAUUGUGAAAAAAAAAAUUCGAAAUAGAUAUGCAAAACGUUGCGUCUGUGGUUGCUUUCGCUGCCUCUGCAGUUCAAUUACUGGAAUCGGAAUCGGAAUCCGAUUCUGAUUCCGAUUUCGAUGAACAUAUUUUAAUGACGAUUCUCAGAAAACCGAAGUACAAAAAAUGCCGGGUCAAUAAUUUCGUCAGAGACGUAGUUGAGCAUUUUUCGGAGGAAGAGUUCCGACGUCACUUUCGGCUCAACAAAACCACAGCCAAUACGAUAGUUACGAGAUACGCAGAAUCCGAAUUCUUUCGUUCAAACUCCGGUACUGGACGCAGGAAUGUUCCAGCAAACGAGCAAAUGUAUGCUUUUUUGUGGUUUUGUGCAAACAAAGAUUCGUAUCGUGAAAUCGGCACCCUGUUCAACAUGUCGGAAUCAUCGUUUUUUAAAUGUUUGAACCGUAUUUUGGACUUCCUUUACGAUGUGUCCAAAACCAUUAUUCGGUUUCCAGAUUCAACAGCAGAGAAGGAAAGGAUCGCAACCGAUUUCAGAAGUAUUUCUGGUUUUCCAAACGUGAUUGGCUGUAUCGACGGGUGUUACAUCUACAUCAGAAAACCAGCAAACAAAAUACGAUCUACGUAUGUUAAUCGUCAUGACUUGUUGUCAAUAACACUUCAAGGGAUUUGUGACGCGAAGAGAAGAUUCAUUGAUGUCUGUGUGGGGUCUCCUAGCCGCAUACACGACUCAAGAAUUUUCUCUCUGUCACCUGUUAGUGACGAGCUACCUGGCAUAUGCCAUGGAAAGUACCAUCUGCUCGGUGAUGCGGCGUAUCCCUUGCGGGAGUAUUUGCUUACUCCGUUCAAAGAUUAUGGUAAUCUAUCACAAAAGGAUACAAACUACAAUCUUAAACACAGCCAAACACGUGUUAAGAUUGAGAACUGCUUUGGAAUUUUGAAACAAAGGUUCCGUCAGCUAACUCGGCUCGAUUUCUUUCGUGUCGAAAGAAUGUGCAAGUUUGUUUUGGCUUGUUGUACACUCCAUAACAUGUGUAUUGAUCAAAAUGACACAUUCAACGAAGAAGCAGCUGAUCCCAUUGAGCCCGAUGAAACCCGAAGCAGUCAGAUUCCACCUACCGGGCCAAGUGGUUCCCAAAGCACAAGGAAUGCCGCUUUGCGCAGACUUGGAGAAGUUAAGAGAAGUGAAAUUGCUGAAACAUUAAUGCAAUAG